UACCAAAUAACAACAGUCCAGCAGGUGGACUACUAUGCUCCCUGCCAUGGGACGGGCAAGCGAGGAAAGGCUUGGACGUGGGACACAGGAAUUAGUGGGAAGCAGAAUAUGUCCAUUAUCGAUGGAAUAGACUCUCAUCGUAAAGUAGCCUACUUCUUUGGAGAUAGCCAGCCCCGACCUGUGGUUCAGGGAUCGGUGAGGCUUCCACGGGGUCCCGUCCAGGUCCAGCUUGUCUUCAAUAGUACAUCGGGUGGAACUUGCCACCACAUCGAUGAGGAACUCAAGUACUUCAAGUGGCGCCGAAAUCCUGACACCGUAGUGGUUGCAGCAGGUACUAACAACAUAGGGCAAUCUUUGAGGUCAGCCUGCCAAGAACUUCGAGAAUUACUGCGGACAUCGCUUUCUCUGUCGGAUCGAGUUGUAUGCGUUAGCAUUGCUCCUCGACUCGAUCGAAAAGGUGAUUUGGUCCAAACAUACAAUACUGCAUUCGCUGCCGUUUGCGAAGAAGAAGGGACAACGUGGUUUGGUGUUACCGGUUCCUUCCCAACGUCGGAAAAGAAGCUUUGGGCUCGUGAUUGAUUGCAUCUAGCUAAGCGAGUGCACCGGUAUACCCCGGUUCCUCCAUGAGGUUUAUGCUAAAUUGAUUAGUGUUUUGUGGCCUGAGACAGCAAGUGAUGUCAAUUCAUCAUUUGACAUACCAUCCACAUCUUCUUUCCCGCCGUUACCAAGAACAAGAAAUACUUUGAAUGUUCUCCGUGACGGUUCUUCCGAAAAAUCUUCAACAACUCUACCACGUCAAGAAGUGGAUGCUCCUUCGCGUCUAAGGACCUAUGCUUAUAUCUCGAUGAAUCCUCGUUGGCGAAACGUGGCUCGACCAAAAAGAGGGAACCGUAGUCGCCAAGUCGGUGAUGAUUCCAAACCAUCCGUCCUCACGGGGAGGAUCCGUCAACGAGAUGGGCAACUCUCUAAUCGAUCUAACCCUACGAGAAGGUACCGUGAAAGAGAUGGGAGACAUUCUAACCAAUCCUUCUUUAGGAGAAAGAACUGUCAUCGUCAAUGUAAACCACCCAACCGAACCAUCCAUCCAAGACACAAUCGUCGACAAGAUGGGAAUGCGACUGGAUAUUCGAAAGCCAUUUAGGAAUAUCUUGUCACACUCGAUCAUAUAACCGGGCGAUCCGCAUGUGGCCAUCCUUCAUGUGAAACUUUAUGUUUCAUACCGUAGAGUAAGGCAGAAUGGUAUUAGUCUGCUAUGCAGACUCUGAAUGGCUCGUGAAGUGGGAUCUGCAGCUGGUUUGCGAAGCAAACCAGCCUGAAAGGGCGAGCGAAGCGAGCCAUUUCAGAGUCUGCUUCUUCUUUGGAAAUCUUGUUCCCACGGUCAAAAUAAGUCCCACCCACCCAAAAUUUCAGAGAGCUUUCAUUGGAUAACUUCAUCUGUCUGUAAACCAAAUUUUAUGACCACUGAGGAGUAUAGAUAAUCCCCUACUUCAACCACAGAGCCAUGAGCAGGGUUAUUAUGUAAUACCCUCGCUCAGGCCAUCAGACAGUGUUUACAUAUGACAUUCCACUGAGCAGCUGCGUGUAUGGCCAAAACCUUGCUCCAUGGCCCAAAAUAGUGGAUGGUUUUAUCAUAGCUUCAAUUCAAUCUUUAUUUCGCAAAUAGGAUAAAAAUACAAGGAAACAUCAAAUAAUGUGAUUAGAUAAUAAAAAUAAAUUGCGUGGCUUCCCAUGAAGGUAAUAAGAAACAUGUGAGGCUCGCCAAAACAUAGUAAAAACAAAACAACAUUAAUACAAAACAGAAUAUCAUAUCAUUAUAGUUAAUAGUGUAUAUAAAAAGGAGAAAAAAACACGAGUUGAGGGGGGUAGAUACGUUACAAGUAUGCAUUGAUAUCAUGUGUGAGAAUUAAUAAUAAUUUACUAGAAAAUUUGAAUACUGUUUUCUAAAAGAAUAUAUAAAUUGUGAAUUAGUUAUUAUUUGGGGAAUCUCAUUCCAUUGUUUGUGACCUACAUAACUCAGCUUCGUGACUAUAGACCUAAUAGACCAUAAAUGAAAUUUAUUGGAAGAACGGGUAUUAUGGUUAUGAACUUGAUUAUUGCAUUGAAAAAGAUCUGAAAACUACAUGGGUAACAACUACCUCUUCUUGAACUUAUAGAUAAAUAUUGUGAGUUCUCGCUUAUUAAAUAAAGGUGCGGAUGGUGCUAUUAGAAUAGGUAAUUAUUCUUAAACAUUUCUUUUGAAUAUUGAGUCCAAUUCAUAUGAGGUUACAUUGGUAUUGCAAUAUUUUAAAUAAGAGAAAAUCAUGGAAUGGUAUAAAGUUAUCAGAUUUUUAUGAAGCAAACUAAGCUUAAGUUUGUAAAUUAAACCAGUAUUCCUUAAAACAUUUAUCAUAUGGUACUUAAAACCCAAAAUAUCAAACUCAAAAAACACCAUUCUCAUAAAAUUCAGAACUUAAAUAUUAAAUAUGAUAGUUUACAAAAUGAAAAUCUUAAAUUUCACGAUUGUAAGUUUGUAAACUAUCAUACUUUUAAUCAAACAGGAUAGCUAUGUUUUAUUUUGUUCCUGUUUGGAAUUAACUUCUAACCAUAGUUUCUUGAUUGGACCUUGUAUUUGUAGUCACUUCUCCAUGCUACUGUAUUCAACCUGUUUUACUGUUAUGUUAGCUCAGUUUGAUAUUAAUUAGCCUUAAUUAGCCUUGUGUAAGUUGUCAUGCCCAGCAACAUUCGUUCACCUUUGUAUUAAAAGUGUUUUUAUGCCAGCCAUAA